GGAACAGGAAGCACGUGUGUGACCAUAGGUCGGUCCCAUGCGUUGCUGUUGUUUGCUGCUCCAUUCAUUUAUCAAACAGCAACUUUAGCAGCACGUUUCACUGCCUUAUUCUGCGACGUCUCUGUGUUGGUUUGCUUUUUAAAGUACAACCAGUCACUUCUUAAAAGCUCACACAAAGGCACUCAAACGGUGACGGUAGUUACGGCGGCGACGAAAGAAGCGCGCCGAAGUUAUUUACCGAGCCACAAGUCGAGAGCAACCUCUGAAUGAACAGCGCAGUGGAGUCAAACAUGGUGAAGGAAAACCCCUGGAACAUUCCCCCCAACGCCCCCACCUGCAUGGAGAAACAUCUGUGCGCAGCGCAAUACAAAGCAGAUGGCAGUCUGAUGCUCGGUGCCUCCAGCCUCACUGGCAGGAGCUGGCAGGGAUCAGUGUGGAUCUACAGUGACCCUGAGCAGGCCCCGAGUGAGGGAUUCUGCAAAGCUGGUGUGCAAACUGAGGCUGGCAUUACCGAUGCCAAAUGGGUGACAGAGAAGGGUGUUGCUGUUGCAUCAGACUCAGGUGCCCUGGAGCUCUGGGAACUGGCAGAGGACGAGGCCCUGCUCGUGAACCGCUUCACCAAGCAGGAGCACGACGACAUCGCCACCACAGUGAGCCCCAUAACUGGAGGGAGCGGUGCCGUCACUGGUAGCAUGGACUGCAGAAUCAAAGUAUGGGAUCUCAGCCAGGAGACGGUUCUCACUACCUACGGUGCGCACACACAGCCGGUCGUAUGCGUUGCCUGCAGUCCCACAGACGAGGCUCUCUUCAUCUCCUGUGGUCAAGAUGGCCGUGUGCUGCUGUGGGACAAGAGGAAGCCAAACAAACCAGCAUCAAGGAUAGGUGUGGAGGCUCCCACCUGCUCGGCUACAACCGUAGCUUGGCACCCCCACCACAGAAGCACCAUUGCAAUUGGCGAUGAGCUGGGUAGAGUGAGUGUGAAGGAUUUCCUGGGAACAGAGGUCGCCCGGGUGGAGAGCGUUCACAGCCACAGAGUCAGUGCGCUUGCCUUCUCCACACAUAGUGCUCCGUUGCUCGCUACAGUCAGUGAUGACUGCUCUGUUGCCGUUUUGAACUCUGAACUCCAUGAAAUAAUGAGAGAUCGGCGACACCAGGACUACGUCAGAGGUGUUUGCUGGCGCCACGGUGGCUCCAACACUCUCACGACUGUAGGCUGGGAUCACCUUGUUCUUCACCAUACAGUGAGUGCGGCUUCUGGAGCUCCCAACUCGUCCUCUUAGACCCACACACAGAUGGCCACUUGGUGUGGCUAUUUCUGUGGCAUGUAUAUUAAAAAGAAAAAAGAAAAAAAAUCAGUGAGAAGAGGUGGAUUGAAGUGUUACAGUGUCAUUCAUAGCUUCAUGUGUGCAGUUAUUUGGGCCUGAUAGACAUCUCUUGCGCUCUCUCUCUCGCUCUUUCUGUCUCCACUUUCAUAUUAAAGGUAAUUUAAUGUUGCGAUAAGCAUUUGGACAUCUGGUUUUUGUAUCAUGGACUCUUGAAAGAACUGGGGAAGAGAAGGAGAGGACAGUGUGUUAUAUACUCGACGGCUCAGACGUUAACAAGGUUACACAUGUGAUUUGCAUAUUCAGUGGCAGGUAAAAUGUCACUGAGCAGCUGCUAUGUCACACUGUUGACCAGAUUCCAUAAUAAGUAAUCUAAUGCAUUUUCACAUAGCACUGACGCAAUGCAUUGAGUGACUCCUAAGGAAACCAAUGUCCUUGAUCGUCUACUGAAAUGAUUGGAAGACGGACAGUGAGGACCACAGUGUUGAAGACAUUUGUUGCCGUCCGAAAGAAAACAUGGUCAAACAUGAGAUCUGACCAAAAAUCCUCACAGGAAUUGGCUCGUAAAAGCUCAGUAGAAGGUCAGCAUAUUUGCUGCCACUGGUUCACAGCAGCUUUACUGAUUACACUGGACAUGAAAUAUUACAUUAUUGCGAUUGUAGUUUCAAUCCCAUUAAAAGUACAUUACUACUUGGAGGGAAAAAAAAAAACAAUGACCCUUAUUUUGAUGUAGUCACAGGAAGUGCAAUAAUUAGUGCUUCAGCCAUUUACCACCAACAAAUGUCCCAGUUUCUUCCUGCUCUGUCUUUUCAUCUUGGAUGUGGAUGUUUUUAUUACGGACGGUUAUUAUGUAGAGCUUUGAUUGAUUUCAGUUUGUUUGUUUGCACCAUUCUAGCUUCUUUUUUUUCCCCCUCCACUCUUAAAAAUAAAAAAUGUAAUGUCAUAUUAGGAAUUGUGAAUUAGACUUUAACGUCUACCUGAAGAUUAAAACAUUCAUGUCUUGUCA